CAAGGCACAUGCCCCCGACCGGAAUCAAACCUGGGACCCUUCAGUCCUCAGGCCGACGCUCUAUCCACUGAGCCAAACCAGUCAGGGCUGCCUUUUCUUUUCAAACCCAGAAAUUUUAAAUUGAGUAUAUACAGUUAAAAAAUCAUUCGUAUUGGGAGUAGUAUUUUAGCAGGGGCUUGAAAGGAAGGGAAAAACCUGCCAUUAUUGGAAACUGCAGGAAGGCAGAUCCUUGAUACGUAGUGGCAGAAAGCCUAAAGCUUGGCGACACUAUGAAAGGUGCCUAGUGAUCUGCAUGACCUAACUAAGGAGGUUUCCAAGCAAAGUGUUGAAGGUGCCGUGUAGUUCCUUCUUGCUUCUAGUAAAUGCAAAACUAGAGAGAGUAAUCAAGAGGAAAAGACUGUUAAACAAAAAGAAACUAGGACCUGAUGGUUUGAAAAUUCUUCGCCUCUGGAGAGGCAAAAGAUGCUAAAAUUAAGAAUGGCUUUUGAAGGAAGUUCAGAUUCAUUAUGAGUUUUCUUAGGAUCAGGUACCUCUCUUUCUUAUCUGGUUGCAAAAUUAUGUUUAUAUGUUGAUUGUUAUUUGAUGUUCACAUUGAAUUGAACCCAGGAUUGUACCUUUUAUUUCUGCCUCAAUCCUGGAUUGUAAGCUAUUUCAGAAAGUCAAGGAACCCUAUUAAGGAAGCCUCAGUCUAUCCUGCUAUAUGCUGUAGAGUAGGUGUUUCCUUCAACAGAAAGUAAAUGUCCUAUGUGUGUGAAAUUAACACCUCACUUGACAAAUGAGGAAAUCUGAAAUAACUAGGUAGUAGUACAGCAGGAAAGAACCCAGAUUUCUUUUGAAAUAUUUCUAUUGAUUUCAGAGAGAAGGGAGAGGGAAAGAGAGAGAGAAACAUAAGUGAUGAGAGAGAAUCACUGAUUGGCUGUCUUCUGGACACCCUCUUCUAGGGAUCGAGCCCGCAUCCCGGGCAUGUACCCUGACCAGGAAUCUAACCGAUCAAUCACUGAGCCUGCCAGCCGGGCAAACCCAGCAUUCUUAAUGUCCAACCCAAGGAAUAUUCUUUUUAUUAGAGUAGUCUGCUUGAUAUAAACCUGAGUGAUCAUCAUUAUUAUCUGAGGUGCUUUAAAAAGUAUUCUUGUAGCUCUCAGAAUUUUUGAAGAAGAUGAUAAGUUAUGUUAGGAAGCCACUGAACCUUGGCCACUUUGCCAUUCAUUUAUUUUUUAAUUGUAUGAGUAAAUCAUGUUUAAUAGAAUUUUCCAUUUGGGAUUAUAUUGCUAAUUGUAUUUAAUACCUUCAUGUUUAUUCAUAACGAAGAGAAAGAAGGGAGGGGAGACAGAAGGGUGACAAAGGGGAAAGAAGGGAGGAGGGUGUAUGUGUGUGUGGUGUGUGUUUAAUUUUCCAAGGGAUGGUGGACGCCAACCUUUUAUAUUGACCAGGGGAGAAAUGACUACUUUUAAUAACUAGAUUGCAGUUUUGGUUAUGUCUGAUGAGAAGAUGUUAAAGUGACGUCAUGUGGCUCACAUCAACAAAAGUUUUAUGAAAUGAUUUAAAACAGCAAAGGCCAGAAGAAAUAUUGGGUUUCUUUUGUAAAGAACUUUGCACACUACAGAGAGCAAACUGUUGAUGAGAUUGGAAUGGUCAAUGGCACCUGCUCUUGUGCUACAGGAAAGUGCCUAUACCAACCAAUCUUACAAUUAAGGCCUAUAACUUCGAUACUGUCCUAUUUUGGAAUUACCCAAUCAUGGCGCAGAAGCCUGUUUUUACCGUACAGGUAAAAGUCUAUGGGGAGGAUGAAUGGCUUGAUGCCUGCAAUACCUCUCAUCAUCACUGUAACAUCUUUUCCAUGAUUAAGCUUCCAGACGUUUCUCUCUGGGCCAGAGUUAAAGCGAGGCUUGGACAAGAAGAAUCAGCCUAUGCAGUGUCAGAAGAAUUUAUUUUGUGCCAACAGGGGAAAGUUGGACCACCAAAUCUGCAUAUCAGUCACAAGGAAGACCAAAUCAUUAUUAAUAUAUUUCAUCCUUUAAUUAUGGUAAAUGGAACAGUGCUAGGAACCAUUUAUGGAGACGAAACUUGUUACACAUUCAUGUACAAGGUGCAUGAGAGAAUAAAUGGAAGUCUGAUGAUAGAUAGAAUUUUUGGAGAGAAUGAAGAUGAUUGUGAUGAGACUCAGUGCAACUUUAGUAUUCCAGUGUCCUCACUGAAUUCUGAGUACUGUAUUUCAGCAGAAGGAAUCUCAAAUUUAAGAUCCUUUAAAACUGAAAUGUCCAAAGAACUUUGUAUUACCAUUUCUGACAGUAAGAGCAUAAAAGAUUCUGUUUGGAUUCCAGUUGUUGCUGCUCUCCUACUCUUUCUAGUACUUAUCCUGGUAGUUGUAUGUUGGAACUUUAAGAAGAUAAAUCCAUUUAAGAGAGAAAGCAUCAUGUUACCCAAGUCCUUGGUAUCUGUGGUAAAAAAUGCCUCUUCAGAGGCAAAAGCUGAAUCAAAAUAUAUAUCACCCAUCAUCUAUGAACCAAUUGUCCCUGAAAAUGAGAAAGUGAUCUGGGAAGAGCAGUUGUCUUCAGCAGUAAUUUCCAGUAUGCAGACUGAGGACCAUCCAGGAAAAGUAGAACACGGAGAUCUUUCUAGUGGAACACAAGUAGGGACCACAGAAGAAAAUACUCCUGACAUGGCCCCUGGUAGCCCUUUGACCCUCGUAAGGAGAGGGGAUUCUGUCCAUUCAGGCAGUAACCAGUCUGAACCCUGCAUCGUUGCUUUAAACUGUUAUCACUCCAGAAAUGGUUCUGAUAGUGGCCUUGUGGAAUCGGGCAUCAUCUUAUCUGACUCAGAAUCUCCUCCAAGUAACAAAAGUGGAAUGAAGACAGAAGAACCAGAGCCCAUAACGCUGAGAAACACUACUACCUCCUUUGGUUACGAUAAGCCCCAUGUGCUAGUGGAUCUGCCUGUGGAUGAAGGUGUUAAAGAGUCCCUGAUUGGUUAUAGAGUCACAGCAGAUUCUAAAGAGUUUUCAUAAUGUGCCAACUUGAAGGAUCUGCUUAUCCUGAACAGUUUUUCUGCUUUGAUUUCAUGAAAAGAUCAUGAUUUCAGAAAUGGUGUCUUUUUUAUAUUAACCAAAUGGAAUACCUUGGUUUAGGUAACAGUGUAAAGAGUCUGGCACUGUCACAUUUGGUCUGAAAACUGCAAAGACUGAAAAAACAAACUGUGUCUCCCUUCUUAGGGGACACAGUUGUUGCAUGUGAACUUUUCCAUUUACAUAGGCUCUGAGAAACAGUCAAUACUCUCUAUUAACCCUGCUUCCUGUGACAGUAAGUGAUUUCCCAGGGUCCUUUUUUUUUUUUUUAAGUU